AGUAGUUUUUAUUUUCCCAUGCCGCUACAAAACACCUACGUCUUGCGUUGUGGGUUGUACACUACAGUUUUAGAAUUAGAUGCUGCAAAACAAUUACAAGACUACUACUCUUUUAUAUGAAGCAUAACACUAUUUAAUCCCCCACCAAUUAUUAAUCUCUGGAGUAUAUAUCAAUCCUGCUCCCUCACCACUGCAAUUUUAUCACAUCACUAUACAUUUCCCCUUCUUCUUGCACAUGUUGCAAACCUCACACUCAAUGGGCAAGAAGACCUCCUCUUCCUGGCUCACCGCUGUCAAACGUGCCUUCCGCUCUCCCACCAAAGACUCCGAUUCCGAUAAGAAAAGCUGCCGGCGGAAAGUUGACCACCCACAACAAGACGACGAAGCCAAGAGUGAGAGGAGGAGAUGGCUGUUCAGAAAGCAAUCCAACAGCAAUGCCACACAAGCUCCUGUGAUGCCCCCCGAGCAGAGGCAUGCCAUCGCGGUGGCUGCUGCCACCGCAGCCGCAGCUGAAGCUGCAGUUGCAACCGCAAAAGCUGCGGUGGAGAUGAUCCGGCUGACGCAGCCGUGCCCCAAGGCUGCUGCGUUGUAUAAACACGAGACGGCGGCCGCGAGAGUGAUCCAAACAGCCUUCAGAGGCUACUUGGCUAGAAGAGCAUUGGUGGCGCUGAAGGGAAUAGUGAAGCUGCAGGCACUAAUCCGGGGGCAGAAUGUUCGUAAGCAGGCCAACAUGACCAUGAAAUGCAUGCAGUCGCUGCUGCGCGUGCAGGCGCGGGUGCGUGAUCAGCGCGCCCGCCUCUCCCACGACGCCGGGAGAAGGUCCAUGUUUGCUGAGACCACCAAUUUAUGGGAGUCCAAGUACCUCAGAGAUAUCAGAGACAGAAACUCUAGAUCAAGAGAGGGAAGCUGCGUGACUGACGAGUGGAGGGCGGCGCCGGAGUGCCCGCGCACGCUGGAGGAGCUUGAGGCUAUCCUAAAAGCCAGAAACGAAGCAGCAUUGGCGCAUCAGAAAUCCUCCCUGGCUUUUGCUUUUGCUCAGCAGAGCAACCUAGUGGAAAGCGACAGGAGCGCCUACAACGGAGACGAAAGCGAGCUAGACAACAGAACAAACUGGCUGGAUAAAUGGAUGGCCACCAAGCAGUGGGAGACCAGCAGCAGAUCCUCCACAGACCACCGCCGCGACUCAAUCAAAACCGUCGAGAUCGACUCCCUCAAAACAACAAACGGCCGUCGAUCCCGCUGCCAGAGCCCCAUCAACCACCGCCACUCCAUCGCCUCUCCCCACCCCAGAUCCAUCGCGCCGUCCACGCCAUCUCUCGCCUCCAGAACGCGAUCGUCGCCGCAAGUCCGCCCGCCCAGCCCUCGGCGCGUAACGGAAGACAGGAGCUACUCCACCGCAAAUACGCCGUCGCUCCGCUCCGCACAGCGCUUCAGCGAGGGAAACGCCGCGGCGGCGCAGAUACCUAACUACAUGGCGGCGACGGAGUCAGCGAAGGCGAGGAUCCGAUCGCAGAGCGCGCCGAGGCAGAGGGCGGCGACGCCGGAGCGGGAGCGCGGCGGAUCGGCGGCGAGGAAACGCCUCUCGUACCCGAUACCGGAGCCGUAUUGCGUGAAUGUGGGAUUUGGAUGCAAUAAUUUGGGGCAGAAUCUGAGGAGUCCGAGCUUCAAGAGCGUUCAGGCAGGGUACGUGGGGAUGGAGGAGCAGUCCAAUUAUUCAUGGUAUACGGAGAGCAUCGGCGGAGAGAUAUCACCGUGUUCGACCACCGAUCUGCGGCGGUGGUUGAGAUGAAGAUACAGUUUCAUGUUCCUAAAAUUUGAUGAAGAAAAGCAGCAUCAUUGAUGGAUGAGGAGUGAUUCAAUAACUGAUUUAGUUGGCAACUCUAGUUUGUUUUUGUUUUUGUUUUUGUUUUUGUUUAUGCUAAAAUAGGAGUGAGUGAUGCAGAUGCUACACUGUAUUUGCCGCCACCACUCAUAAACUUCCAGCUUACCAUUCACCCAAUCAUUCUACUCAUCCACCAAAUUAAUUACAUUUCCUGUAUUUUCAGUGAUAUUAGGUCACCAUAAAUUCCCAUGUCUCAACUUCCUUCAA